CGCAGAGUCAGACCCCAAAAUCGUAGCUCUACACUUUUUCCGUUGAUUUUUCGUAGUCGCGUGUGAGAAACUGUAACUAGAAACCAGAAACUAGAACCCAGGAACAGAAACAGAAACCGGUAAAAAUCAAUAUGCGUGAAUGCAUCUCUAUCCACGUGGGCCAGGCGGGAGUCCAGAUAGGUAACGCCUGCUGGGAGCUCUACUGCCUGGAGCACGGCAUCCAGCCCGAUGGCCAGAUGCCCUCCGACAAGACGGUGGGCGGGGGCGAUGACUCGUUCAACACGUUCUUCAGCGAGACCGGAGCGGGAAAGCAUGUGCCCCGCGCCGUGUUCGUCGACCUGGAGCCCACUGUGGUGGACGAGGUGCGCACCGGUACCUACCGCCAGCUGUUCCACCCCGAGCAGCUGAUCACCGGCAAGGAGGACGCGGCCAACAACUACGCCCGCGGGCACUACACCAUCGGCAAGGAGAUCGUCGACCUGGUCCUGGACAGGAUCCGCAAGCUGGCCGACCAGUGCACCGGGCUGCAGGGCUUCCUCAUCUUCCACUCGUUCGGCGGAGGCACCGGCUCUGGCUUCACCUCGCUGCUGAUGGAGCGCCUCUCCGUGGACUACGGCAAGAAGUCCAAGCUGGAGUUCGCCGUCUACCCCGCGCCCCAGGUGUCCACCGCCGUAGUGGAGCCCUACAACUCCAUCCUGACCACGCACACCACCCUGGAGCACUCGGACUGCGCCUUCAUGGUCGACAACGAGGCGAUCUACGACAUUUGCCGACGCAACCUGGACAUCGAGCGGCCCACGUACACCAACCUGAACCGCUUGAUUGGCCAGAUAGUGUCCUCGAUCACCGCCUCCCUGCGCUUCGACGGAGCCCUCAACGUGGACCUCACCGAGUUCCAGACCAACCUGGUGCCCUAUCCGCGCAUCCACUUCCCGCUGGUCACCUACGCCCCGGUCAUCUCGGCCGAGAAGGCCUACCACGAGCAGCUCUCGGUGGCCGAGAUCACCAACGCCUGCUUCGAGCCGGCCAACCAGAUGGUCAAGGUGGAUCCCCGGCACGGCAAGUACAUGGCCUGCUGCAUGCUGUACCGCGGCGAUGUGGUGCCCAAGGACGUGAACGCCGCCAUUGCCACCAUCAAGACCAAGCGCACCAUCCAGUUCGUGGACUGGUGCCCCACCGGCUUCAAGGUGGGCAUCAACUACCAGCCGCCCACGGUGGUGCCCGGCGGAGACCUGGCCAAGGUGCAGCGCGCCGUGUGCAUGCUGUCCAACACCACGGCCAUCGCCGAGGCCUGGGCACGUCUGGAUCACAAGUUCGAUCUGAUGUACGCCAAGCGAGCCUUCGUCCACUGGUAUGUGGGCGAGGGCAUGGAGGAGGGCGAGUUCUCCGAGGCCCGCGAGGAUCUGGCUGCCCUGGAGAAGGACUACGAGGAGGUCGGCAUGGACUCCGGUGACGGCGAGGGCGAGGGUGCUGAGGAGUACUAGAGUGGAUUGGCGGAUCCCUCAAAACGCUGUUUAUUUUCACACGCUCCCACUCGCAUGCAUAAAUUCUCUGCGAUACUGUAAAGCGAACAAACAAGAAAAUAAAGAAAAAACACCAAAA